GAAAAAGAAAAAAGAAGCUCCUUAUUCCUCAUGUUUAAGAAUUAGUAUCAGAUGAUGUCUUCUCUAAUUUUUCAUUACAAAUCAGUGGCAGUUAUUUACCCGCGCCUCAGAAACACAACACUGACAGUAGCAUCAAACUGCAAGUGCGUGCAGCAAUGGUGAUGCUGAUGAGCAGCAUCUCAUCCUUCUCUCUCCUCCCUCUCAACCCAAACCUCUCCCCCAUUUUCUCUCCGGCCAAACUCAACCGCUCUAUUGAUUAUCAAUUUAGGAUCAUUUCUGGCCGUGGGAUAAGACACGUAGUUGUACGGGACAGCAAUCAGACGGCGGAGGUUACUUCAUCUCCUUCUUCUGAUUCUGUUACUGAUUUGGAAUCGGCGUCGAGUGUAGUGAGGAAGUUCUAUGGCGGAAUAAAUAGCCGCGAUUUGGACUCGGUUGAACAACUUAUCGCUGAGAAUUGUGUGUAUGAGGACCUUGUAUUUCCUCAACCUUUUGUUGGCCGUAAGGCGAUUCUAAACUUUUUCAAGAAGUUCACUGACUCGGUUGGAUCUGAUCUGCAAUUUGUUAUUGAUGAUAUAUCUCAGGAGGAUUCUUCAGCUGUUGGCGUCACUUGGCACUUAGAAUGGAGGGGAAGACCGUUUCCUUUUAGCAAAGGAUGCAGCUUUUAUCGAUUGGAAGUGGUGAACGGCCAGAGGCAAAUACUUUACGGCAGAGACAGUGUGGAACCUGCAGUCAAGCCUGGGGAGACAGCAUUGGUUGCCAUCAGAGGCGUGGCAUGGCUGCUGCAACAAUUUCCACAAUUGGCAGAUCGGUUCUGAUUGAAGUAUGAUUGGUCUUAGAAGAUUGGAGUAAAUUUAUGAAAAAAGAUAACGUCAUUUCUUGUAACGUACUUGUAAACCUGAAAGGCCUUAUUAGUAUGUACAUAAUGAAUUUGUUCAUAGUUAAAAUUUCCAUCUUGUAUACAACUAAAGAAUAAAUUGAUCUUACAUUGCGAGGACACAAAGUUGAAAAAAGAUGGCAAAAUGCAAAUCA